GGAAGCCAGCGGCAGUGGCACGUUUGCUGGGGCUCAGUGGGUACAGGGGCCCCGGGCCCAGAAGCAGCUGCUGCCUGCAUCUCGCACUGCAGCUGCGUCCACCUCAGGCCUGCAGUCCGGAGGCCUGGGUCCUGCGGCCUUCGGAGGACUAGUGUUCCCAGCAGCCCUUGCGUUCUGGAGCCUGAAAGCCAGGCUGCCUGAGGAGUCCCUGUGGCAGCCUGGUGACGCCCCAUGGGAGGGGCAGACUGAGUGACCACUCCAUGCCAUGCGGGGACCUACAGUGACCUUGUGUUGAGACAGCAAUGCUCUGCCACCUGCAUGUGCAUGGACAGAAAGAAAAGCGUCACUUGCCAUCGUGUGGGCCUGCUAACCCACAGUCCAGUCUCCAGACAGGCCGUCUUCUAUUGUACACUUUGCAGCCAGCCUGAUGUACUAAGUUGCAGGGCCAGCAAUAAGGCUCAGUAGGUAGGGGUCUGCCACCAAGCCUAGCACAGGACCUACAUGGCCUCUGGGUCACCCUCUGGGGACGGAGGUCAGUUGAGACAGACUGGGGUUCACCCCAGCACUGAAAGAAGCUGCACCAGGAGAAUGAGGGGGCUUAGCUGUGGUUGCUGCCCCCAGGCACAGGGCCGCCUUGACAGCAGGUUUCUAAAACCACACAGCAGGGUGUGAAGGAGGAGCUGACACUUGUGCAAGGUGGGUGGUACUUGGAAGGCCACCUGUCCCCACAGGAAGAGAAAGUGGGGAGCCCCUUCCCCCAGGACCACUACUCCUGUGCCAGGAUGGAGGUCUGCCGGUCCCUGCUGCUCCUGCUGGCCCUGAAAACGCUGUGGGCAGCAGGCAACAGAUUUGAGACCCAGAUCAUUGGGGGUCGAGAGGCGGUCCCGCACUCCCGCCCAUACAUGGCCUCUCUACAGAAGGCCAAGUCCCACGUGUGCGGGGGAGUCCUUGUGAAUCGGAAGUGGGUGCUGACCGCUGCCCACUGCCUGUCUGAGCCGCUGCAGAAACUGAAGCUGGUGCUCGGUCUGCAUAACCUCCACGACCCCCAGGAGCCUGGCCUCACCUUCUACAUCAGGGAAGCCAUUAAACACCCUGGCUACAACCACAGAUACGAGAACGACCUAGCACUGCUUAAGCUGGACGGGCGGGUGCAGCCCAGCAAGACUGUCAAACCACUGUCUCUGCCACGAAGGCCCCGAUCCAGGCCGGCUGAAGGCACCCGGUGCAGCACAGCUGGCUGGGGUAUGACCAGCCAAGGCGGGCACCUGGCCAGGGCCCUGCAGGAGUUGGAUCUGCGUGUGCUGGACACCCGAAUGUGCAACAACAGCCGCUUCUGGAACGGUGUCCUCCUGGACAGCAUGCUGUGCUUAAAGGCUGGGACCAAGAGCCAAGGCCCCUGCAAGGGUGACUCUGGAGGGCCCCUGGUGUGUGGCAAAGGCCAGGUGGAUGGGAUCCUGUCUUUUAGCUCCAAAAACUGCACCGACAUCUUCAAGCCCCCUGUGGCCACUGCUGUAGCUCCCUACAUCACCUGGAUCAGGAAGGUCAUUGGUCGCUGGUCACCCCAGCCUCUGGCCUGAUGUCCCAGAUGAUCUGGGACACCAUUCUCGACGGCUGGGGCUGGGAAGGGACUAGGUGUGCCUCUGGGGAACCAAUAAAUCCUGAUAUAUCUCUUGA